AUGCCAAGAACAACAAGGGAAACGAGCGUCUUUCAGACUCCUCAAAGGCCGUCGCGAUGCCUAGUAGGAGCAACGAUCCUCCCUCCACCCCCACCUCGAAAAGCGGAGCCAUGCGCCUUCUUCAGCACAGAGCCAUACGAUUCUUCGAUCGCUCAAUCUAGUCUGCGUGUCCCAAUUUUCCCUUCUACGUCGGAUCUAUCAGAUGAUUCUUCUCCCUGUCGUGUAUCCGUCCAAUUGAGGCCGCGGGUUCAUUCUACACCUCCCGCCAACGAUUCACAUAUCACCCACAGAGCCCGGUUGGACAGCUGUCCUCUCUUUCCCAGCUUGAGCAGCGACCCUUUCCUCGAUGACGAGUCCGACUGUGACAAGUCAGACAGCGAGCUGAGCUUCUCUCUGCAGCCUCCGGCAAUGUUGGGACUGUCAUAA